AUGAUCUCCUCAACCUUGUUCAGUCUCGCCUCUUUUGCGAGCGCUGCUCUCGCUGCGGCUGACUGCAUUGGUAUCAAUGCUAUUGCUCCUGGCUGCGCUUCACGAGAAACCUUGCAUACUCGUGACUUUUUCUAUAUUGGAGGGCGUUACGUCGCUGGAGCUGCUGGCAAUCUCACGUACGACCAGCUUUAUGUGGAGAAGUUGACCCCUGCAACUGGCGUAAAGCAGAGCAAGCCCAUUGUGCUCUUCCACGGUGGUGGUACGUCUGGAGUGACAUGGCUCAAUACACCCGACAACCGUAAGGGCUUCGCAUCUCACUUUCUGGAUUAUGGCUACCAAGUCUAUAUCGUUGAUCAGACCAGCGUUGGUAGAGGGAGCGCAGAGGACCUCAGUGACUAUGUCAUGCGCAUUGGUUCCACCGCUGAGAUCAGUGAGAAGGGAUUCACUGCUCCUGAACUUACCGAUGCCUAUCCGCAAUCUCAACAGCAUACUCAAUGGCCUGGCUCAGGAGUCAAGGGCGAUCCCAUCUUCGACGCUUUCGAGUCGACAUUCAUCCCACUGACUAGCAAUAUGACUGUCCAAGAACUCUCCAUGAGAGCUUCUGGUUGUCAAUUGCUUUCUCUCAUCGGUCCAUCGUUCCUUAUCUCUCACUCAAUCGGAGCUUUGCAUCCUCUACUUCUCUCCAACGAUUGCCCUUCCUUGGUUGCUGGCAACAUCAAUCUGGAGCCUGGAAACAUACCUUUCCAAUCAUACGUCGGAAAUGCCACCUCCUCUGUUGGCCGCACGUCCGCUCGUCCUUGGGGCAUGACAAACACCAGAGUCUCUUACGAACCUGCCAUCAACAACUCCUCUGAACUCGCCUACAAACUCGUCGGAGAAGACACACCUGCCAAACGCAGCUGCUACAUGCAAACCGGAACGAUCCAUAAGCUUCCCGAAAUUGCCAAAGUCAAGUAUAUUGCUCUUACUGGCAGUGCUAGCCCUCACAUCACAUAUGAGCACUGUGUCAUUGAUUUCCUGCAACAAGCUGGUGUUGCCGCUGAAUGGAUCAAGCUUGCCGAUAAGGGUAUAACUGGCAACGGCCACUUUGGCUAUCUCGAGAAAAACAGUCCUCAGAUUGCUGGUGUCGUUCAUGAAUGGAUACAAGCUAAUUGCUGA